CCACAAUUCUUUCUCAGAGACUUCUGGGAAAUGUAGUCUGUGGCACUGUGACAUCACAUUGAGCCCUCCAGGAAAUUCCCUCCUGGACUUCAGUCCACACGUGUGCAACUUUAUCAAAGUUGCGCGAGAGUCCUGCCUGCUGUACAUUCCUCUUGCGUCUCAGACAUGGAGGAAAUGCUGUCCUUCAGGGAUGUGGCCAUUGAGUUCUCUGCAGAAGAGAGGGAAUGCCUGGAGCCUGCUCAGUGGAAUUUGUACAGGGAUGUGAUGUUGGAGAAUUACAGCCACCUUGUGUUCCUUGGUCUUUCUAUGUCUAAGCCACACCUGGUGACCUUUUUGGAGCAAAGACAAGAAUCUUCAGAUGUGAAGAGACAAGCAGCAGCCAACAUGCAGCCCGGAACAACAUUCAAUGAUUAUAAUGAUUACAGCAAGGGUAUUGACUGCAACUCAUUAAAUAUUCAACGCCAGAGAAUUCAUACAAGGGAGAAACCCUACCAGUGUAAAGAAUGUGGUAAGGGCCUUAGUUCUUAUAAAACACUUUCCAUACACCAGAGACUUCAUACUGGAGAAAAAUCCUACACAUGUAAAGAAUGUCAUAAGGCCUUCAAUACUCGCUCAUCACUUUUUAUACACCAGAAAAAUCAUACUGAUGAAAAAACCCACAAGUGUGAAGAAUGUGGCAAAUUAUUUUAUUAUCCUUCAUUCCUGAAGCAACAUCAAAGAAUUCAUUCUGGAGAGAAACCCUACAAGUGUGAAGAAUGUGGCAAAGCUUUUUGUUAUCCUUCAUUCCUGAAGCAUCAUCAAAAAAUUCAUUCUGGAGAGAAACCCUACAAGUGUGAAGAAUGUGGCAAAUCCUUUUACACUCCUUCAGUGCUGAAGCAGCAUCAAAAAAUUCACUCUGCAGAGAAACCAUGCAAGUGUGAAGAGUGUGGCAGUUUUUUUUCUUCAUUUUCAUACCUUAGACAACAUCAAACAAUUCACUCCAAAGACAAUCCCUACAAGUGUGAGGAGUGUGGCAAAAGGUUUUCCCAUUCUGCAAUCCUUCAAAAACAUUAUAAAAUUCAUGGAGAGAGACGAUACAAGUGUGAAGAAUGUCACAAAACCUUUGUUUUUCACUCAGAUCUUAAGAGACACAAGGUGGUUCAUACUGGACAGGAACAAUACAAGUGUAAAGAGUGUGGCAAAUAUUUUUCCGCAGCUUCAUCCCUUAGACGACAUCAAAUAAUUCACUUUGAAGACAACCCUUACAAGUGUGAAGAGUGUGGCAGAUGUUUUUACUCAUAUUUAUCCCUUAGAGGACAUCAAAUAAUCCAUUCUGAAGACAAUCCUUAUACCUGUGUACAAUGUGGCAAACGAUAUUCCUGUUCUAGGGAUCUUCAGGAACAUCAAACACUUCAUACUGGAGAGAAAUUGUACAAGUGUGAAGAAUGUGGUAAAGCCUUUCAUUUUCACUCAUCUCUUAGGAGACACAAGGUAAUUCAUAUUGGAGAGAAACCCUACAAGUGUGAAGAAUGUCACAAAGCCUUUCCUUAUCUCUCAUCACUUAGGAGACACAAGAGAGUUCAUAUUGAAGAGAAAUCCUACAAGUGUGAAGAAUGUCACAAAGCCUUUCAUUAUCUCUCAUCCCUUCAUAUACACAAGAAGGGUCAUAGUGGAGAGAAACCCUACAAGUGUGAUAAAUGUCACAAAGCCUUUCUUUAUCCCUUAUCCCUUAGGAGACACAAGACAGUUCAUACUGGAGAGAAUCCCUAAAACUGUGAAGAGUGUGACAGAAGGUUCUCUUCACCUUCAUCCAGAGUCAAUAUAAAAAAGAGAAGGAAAUUCAUUCUGAAGACAAUCCCUAAAAUUGUGGGGAAUGUGACAAAAACUUUGUUAAUCUUUAUGUCCUUACUCAACACGUGGUAUAGUUCAUAGGGGAGAGAAAUCCUACAAAUGUCUUAAAAUGUUUAUUUUUUCAACCCUUAAAAUUCAUCAAAAGAUUCAUUCUGACUACAUACUCCAUGAAUGUGUGAAGUGUGGUAAAAUAAUUGCUAACAGUUCAGAUCUAACCCACCUCUAAUGGUAUGGUUAGGUCUAACAGUUCAGAUCUAACCACUCUAGUAGAGAAUAAUAGGCUAAUUAUUUUGGAUUGUAAACAGGAACAUCUAACUUCCAAUAGCAAAAUGCUAAGAAUGUCAUCAGAGAACAGUAGAGAAUUCUCUUUGCUGUAACAUCCAACAGUUUGUUGAAGCAGUAUAUUUGAAACAUGCCUUGAUUAAUGAAUCUCUUUGUUCUGUAACUAUAAACAUUCUCUAAAACCUUUA